AUGUCUAAUAACUUGUUUAUUGAGACAAAAAACAACUAUCUCAUCAAACCCAUCACUAAUUAUAAAAAUCCCUUUCGGGUCCAGUGGCGGGACCUGACCUACACUGCGAUCCAACACUCGGGCACUGAAAAAGUAAUCCUCAACGAAGUGAACGGCCAUUUCAUGAGCGGUCAGAUCACAGGUAUUAUGGGUCCGUCCGGUUGCGGCAAAUCUACAUUAUUGGGUUGUAUUGCCGGCAUUAAAACCAAGGGCCUUUCCGGAUCUAUUACUAUUUCCACCGAUAUCAGGGUAAAGUUUGCGUUUAUAGUGCAGGAAAACUAUGUCCUCCAGAGGCUGACAGUGAGAGAGUCGCUGAUGUUUGCAUCGAAGCUGAAGAACGAUCCGGUGUGCGAUCACACGGGGAUUGUGGCCGACGUUAUAGCGAAACUAAACAUCGAGAGCUGUGCCGACAACCGGCCCGACAGGUGUUCGGGCGGACAAUUGAAACGAGUGCUCAUUGCUCUGGAACUGGUGUCCAGACCUAACAUCUUGAUACUGGACGAGCCCACCACUGGCCUCGAUUCAGUCACUACAUGGCAAUUGAUUACGACACUCAUUGAGCUGACCCAACAGCCGGAACCGGUGGCCGUUGUGCUGACCAUACAUCAGCCAUCGGCGCGACUCUUCAAUCUGUUUGACACAAUAUAUCUGCUCUCAGCCGACGGUCAGUGCAUUUACAACGGAUCGCCCGAAAGGAUGAGAUAUACGUUCAGUGAUUGCGGACUCAUUUGUCCCACAUUUACCAAUCCCUCGGACUUUGGUCUGGAGGUGGCGUCCAAAGAGCACGGCGUCGACCGACUCGUCACUCUCGCGGCGAUUGUCACCAACGAAGCCAAACAAAUGCCCACAAAUAAGUACCGGAUCCGUAUUGAACGCGAGUUUGACACAAAGAGGUGUGUCUACUAUUUGACCAUAAGAUCCUUCCUCUCUAUGAUUAGGGACCCGUUUAUGCUUCCGAUGCGAUUCUUUGGCUAUAUUUCGGUUGCUUUUCUGAUUAGUCUAUUGUUUGGUAGGGAUAGCGGAGUGCUGUCCGGCUGUCCUCAAGAGCUCAACUUCAGAGAUAACGGGAAUAUCAUUGAAUACAUCAGAUCCCGAUCGGCAGAUCUGUUUGAAAACUGCUGCGGACUGUCCUUUAUCUGUCUGUUUGGGUGGAUUGGAGGCAUAUUUCCCGUACUAUCGAUAUUUCCAAUCGAGCUGAAUGUUUACCUUCAGGAAUACAGAAACGGAUAUUAUUCUUGUUUCUCAUUCUUUGCAUCCAAAGUGUUAAGUGAUAUCCCAUUCACACUAUUGUUACCACAUUUGGUCUCAAUUCCCGUAUAUCUAUGGACCGGACAAUACAUGGCCAACAUUUGGCGUCUCUAUAACUUUAUGUUUAUAUUUAUGUUAAUCACAUUCAACUCGAGCGCACUCGGCCUUCUUAUCGGUGCCUCCCUAUCCAACCACCCUGGUGCUAUCGCAUUUUUUGGUAUGCUUUCGUUUGUGCCUAUAACACUACUAUCAGGAAUAUUGAUAAAACUGAAUGCAAUGCCGUUUGCAUUCCAAGCGCUAUCGUAUCUGAAUUACUAUAGGUUUGGUUUGGAAGCCGUUCUCAUCAAUAGCUACGGCUUUAAUCGAUGCGAAGCGGAGGUCGUGUCGGCCAACCAUACCAUCAACAUUAUGGCGGAGAUCCCGGCCGACAAACUAAUGGCCAUUUAUAAGUCCGACAAAAUAGACUCCGCAUUGCUAUUGAAAUCAAUGAAUUCAUUGCUUUCUAACGACAAAGACGGCGAAAAAACCUCUAUAAUUAUGAAUAACUAUAAUUUAGUUGAUUUCGAUUACUUUAUUGCUAUAUUCAUGCUUUUCCUACACAUUAUUUUGUAUCGAUUGCUCACUUAUUAUGUGAUACUUAAGAAAGUGACGCCAAACACAUCCAAAUGA